UGAAGUCUGGAAAGUAUGCGAUGACAUACGUCAUCAUUUAUAAAUCUCAGAAUUAUUUUUGUUUUUUGUAAUUUCAAAUAGCCUAUGUCACUGAAGUUGCAAUAUUUAUCUGUCAGUGAAAAUUUAUUGUAGAAAAGCUCCUGUCCCACUGUCGCUUUCAAUCACACUCUUAUCACAUAUUGACACAGUUUUAGACUUUCCAAAGGAACAAUUCGGUUGCCUUAUGUCCCCUUUUGCCUUUUAGUGCCUGUGCCACAACCAUAACAGAAGGGACUUUGAGGUUAGGGCACAGCUGCUACAUGGGUACGUGGGACACAGACUGUCCACCAGAUCUGCCCGCUCUCCAUAGUGAAACAACAAAUAUAACACUGGCACUGCUUUCAAGGGUAACAGUGGCAUUGUGUAACACACUUUACAGCUUGUGUACCAUAUUUUCUCUUCAGGUGAAACAAAAAAGUAAGGUAAAAAAAGUUUAUUUUGGCUCCUACUUCUGUCUCAGCUCAGUUAUACGUAUCCCUCUGAGCUGAAGCACCAAGAGAAUCUAACUGAAAAGCAUCGAAAGAUUGCAGUAACUCAACAUGAAACUGACUGAGAAAGCAAAACCCAAACACUUUAAUUAAAUAAUGAAUAUUGAAAAGUCACAAGUUUGGGUGACUCCUGAAAGGAAAGUGAAACAGUUCCACAUUAAUGAUCAAACUGAAAGUCUUUCCCAGUAUUCUUGUUUCUCAGCUGUUACAUUCUUCUUGUUGUGUUCAGCGACAAUGGGUUGCUUUUGUAACCAAAGCUGGGACUCUGGGUUUUGUGAUGGUUUACUCUUUAGCUAAAGGAUACUUAGUUUGUAUGUGAGCCGGCAGGAGUGAUUCAGGUCUGCAGUGAAUGUGGGAGGGACUUUCCAGUCUUUUUUCUUUCUUUUUUUUUUUUUUGGAAUCACGUCCAAUAGGCAAGAGGCACCUUGUUUCAUUUAUGAGUACCUAUAAAGGCCAAGGCUUCUUUGAAGGGAACUAACAUAGCGAUAACCAAUAUGAAAGGACACAGCUGAGGACAUUUACUGACCACACUCUACGGGAUUCUUCAUUUUAAUGCAGUCUGCUGCACUAGCUGUUGUCAGACAUUAAAGCUCUGCCACAGAUCUCACACUCCGGUUUUGAGACUACAUGGCUUCAGGUGGAGCAGAGGAAGACGAUGGAGGCAUUCCAUUGGAUAUCGACAACGUGCACAUGCUCCUCCAAGUGGAGCAUGAACAGAUUCAGAAAAGGACAUUCACCAACUGGAUAAAUGCUCAACUGGCCAAGAGAUGCCCUCCCUCCUUUGUGUCAGACCUCUUCUCGGACCUCAGAGAUGGGUCACAGCUGCUCGACCUGCUGGAGGUGAUGAGUGGCCAACCUCUGAAAAGACAAAGGGGCCGUGGGGUUUUCCAGCAGAGGGCCAACAUUGAGACAGCACUGAACUUUCUCAAGAAAAAAUCUAUCAAACUGGUGAACAUAAACAUCUCAGAUAUCAUAGAUGGACGGCCCUCCAUCGUUCUUGGACUCAUAUGGACCAUCAUCCUGCACUGUCAUAUUGAGGAGCUGGCCAGCACUCUCUCCUUCAGCUCUUGUCAUUCCUCCCUUGACUCUCUGGUUAGCCUGGACUCUUGGUCUGGCAGCCCGGUCCCGGCUAGUCCGGUCCCUGCAGGCCGAACGUCACCUCUCCACAGACGCUUCCGAGUGUCUGCCAAGAAGGCCCUGCUCAUGUGGGUCAGGGAGCAGUGCCAAAGGGUUGGUUGCUCUAUCAGUAUGAGGGACUUUAAGUCGAGCUGGAGAAGUGGGGAGGUCUUCUUGGCCAUCCUGUGCUCUCUCAGACCUCAACUGGUGGAUCUCUCACUGGUCCGGUCCAGAAGCAACCAGGAGAACCUGGAGGAGGCAUUUUACCUGGCUGAGAGGGAACUCCACAUCCCCCGCCUGCUGGAGCCUCAGGAUGUUGAUGUAAAAGACCCUGAUGAGAAGUCCAUUAUCACUUAUGUGGCCCAGUUUCUACAGUACUCCAAUGACAUGCCAGCACCUGACGACCAUCUGCAGCUGUUUCCUCUGGCCCAACCCUCUUGUCUCUCACCUGUGAACUUGCCUGCUCACCUCACUCCAGCAGCUGCUGUGUCACCCUUACGUCAGGUCUCUCCAAGUGAGCGAGCACUAGAGGUGACUUGCUGGCUGCAGCGAGCCUACCAGGAGCUGUCAGAGUCAUGGAAGGCGACAGAGAAAUCAAGCUUUGCAGAAAAAUAUCAGGUGUUUCGGAACCUCAAUGAUUCCUUCACCGAGCAACGGAGACCAGUGAUGACCCUCCUUUCUGCCAUAAGGCGCCGCCCUGAGCUGAGCCAAGAGCAGUGCGCUCUCAGGACGGCGUGGGAUCGUCUGGAAGAGGAGCUGCAGAGAUGUUCAGCAGACCUGGACUCGAGUCUUCCACCUCCUCUGGACUCAGUUGUUGCGUGGCUGCACCGUGCAGAGGAAGUGCUAACAGAAGAGGGAGGGGAAGAGGAAGGUCACUUAGAUGCUGCGAAACAAGCAAGAGCUCAACAAGACACACUAAAGACUUUAAUUAAGGAGAUGAGCCAUCACGUUCAUAUCCUUGAUACCUACCGCAACAUGGAUGAAUCAGGGAACGCGGUUGUGCCCCUUGAAAAGUUCGACGAGAUGAAAAGACGUUUAACCAACAUUCGAGUCACUGCCAAGUAUCAAGGGAUCAAGUUGGAAUACCAGGAAUCUCGUUACACUGUGCGAGAUCUCUUGGGCCACAUCAAUGCUAAAGUUCAGAGCUGGAAAGCUCCCUAUAGAUCCCGGGAGACAGUACUUGUGCUUCUGCAGGACUGGCAUGAAACAGUGGAGCGCCAGUGCCUGCUUUUGAUUUUGAUGGAUGCUCUCCAAAUCCUAAAGGAGAAGGCAAGGGCUCAUACCAGCAAGGCGGCGUUAGGUGAACAUUCUCAGCGUGUUACUCGUCAGGUGAAGGAAGCAGAAAGUGAAACUGAACUGGUCACACAGGCUGUGAUGGCUAUCAGAGGGACUAUGGAGAGAGUGGUGUCUGCGUGGGAGACUUACCACAGCUGCUUCACGUCUCUGCAGACAUGGUUGGCACAGAUGACACAUUCACACACCCAUUCUCCUGCUGCUGGGACGCAGGAUAUGAGUGAGUGGAUGUCAUGUCAGGCAAAGUUGAACGAGGUGGGGAACUUUCUCAUUGAAGUGACAGAGUGUUCCACAAGUCUCGCUCUGGUCGAGGAGCUCAGCAAGGUCAACAUGCAUUGGGCUGAAUGCAUGAAGAGGACAAUGUUUGAAGUGUCAUCAGAACCCAGUGUCAGUCCCCUCUGUCUUCAAAUGGUGCAUUCACUGACCCAAGAGACAAGCUCGCUGCUGAGGCAGCCGCUGGAGGUGGCCUCAGUCCCGCUGAAGGCUAACAGACAGAAACUACAGCUACUGAGUAAAAAGAUGGCCAGUGUGGCCUUUUCAUCACUCAGUUCAUUGCCAGACUUUCAAACAAGCCACAUAGAGAACCUCCAGCAAACUCUCCCACAGAUGCUUGCUGAGGCAGAGAGGGCCUGUGGAGAGCUGCAGAGGGCUGCGUCCAGGCUGGAGGGCCGUCUGGCUGAGCUGGACCACUGGAGCACAGAGGCCCUGGACUGUCACCAGCACCUAAAGGAGGGAAGGCACAGAGGACGCUCUGGGGUGGAAUCUACAGCCAAAGCACUGGUCUCCCGAGGCUUGCAGCUGGAGAGCCAGGUUGCAACUGAGGGACAGGAUCUGCAGGACCUUGUGGCACGAGUGCAGAAAAGCUCUCCUCUGCAGCACCUCAGUACCUGUAGCUUGAAGGACAGGAUCUCGGUGGCAGUCUCUCACUGCCAGGACAUUCUUGGAAUGUUUAGCUCCCUUGAGUUUCUACAACAUGUGGAAACAGCCCGUCGGACACAGGAGCACCCUGAGGCAGGGUUAUUUGUUGUGGCCAGAACCAAACAUGUUGACCAGGUUGGGAAUGUUAUCCUGCAGAGUCAAGUCCCAAAUCAGGCUUCACCUGAGAGUCCACCUGAGACACCUCAGCAAAGGACAAAAGAUCUCCGGGCUUGGCAUAAAAACCAGCACAUGAGCUCACAGGAUGAACCAGCAGUUGUCACACCCUCUGUCCAAAUCCAGAUGUUGCCUCAGACUUUGGAGGAACCAGUCCCUCAUGUUCACUCUGCACUUGCUCAAACUGUAGGAGAAUUUGAGCCUGUGAUCCAGCAACAGUCAUUUUCCAAAUCCCAUGCACAAGUUUCAAGUCUGAGUCAAAAUGAUCAACUUCUUACUACUGUGAUCCAGGGUCCUGUUGGACCAAAGUGUCCAGAAAAUCCAGUUCUGUCUCAACAGUUAACAAGUCUCGUUCCAGAGGAAAAGGAAAACUCAACCUCCUCACAAACUCACAUGUCAAAAUCCAGAAUAAGAGGGCAUUCGAGCACUCUACAGAGUAACAAAAGAUCUCCAAUGCCUCCAGUGAUGGUCCGCAGCGAAGUUCAUUCAAAAGCAGAAUCAAUGGCAAGGAGCAGACUGGAGAAAGCCAGGUUUCGUCUGCAAGGACGCAUCCAGCAAGCCAUCAAGUUGUUUGGUGGCAGAGAGAUUUCAGAGUCACAAGCCAAAAGGAAACAGAGAGCUUUAAAGAUUCUGCAGCCUGUCAUCCUUGAGGAGUUCCUGGGUGCAGUGGAGGGUUUGGGGGCCUUUUGUACUGGAGCCCAACUGCAGGAAUUAAUGCUUCUCUCUGACUCAGUCAGAAAGCAGUGGGAGGAUAUACGCAAAGAAAUAGCCGCCUUUGUUCCCAUCUUAUGGUCUAAGAUGAGAGAGGGAAAACAGUCUUUGUCUGUUGUUCAAUGUGAGAUGCAAACUAACACUCCACAUGAAGCAACUGACCAGACUGACCUUGUCUCUGUGCAGCAGCAACAGGCUGUUAUGGAUGGAGCUGCAUCUGUUGAGGAAUGCGCUGAAUCGCUCCAAGAGCUGUGUGAAACGCUAACACCGAGAAAAUCCUCCUGCCUGGCAACAGACCAGCUGAGGGAGUCAGAUGAAGUACUGGAAAUACAACCCAGUGACACAGUGCUCCUGUCUGACUGCAGGGGACGGCAGCUCCCGAGAAACACCCCGCAGAGAGCGACUGGCGUGUCGGUCAGCACUCAGCAGAGCAACAACCUCCCGCAGGAACAAAGAGUGGAAAGCCCACAACAAGACCUCUCACCUGUGAGCAGUGUUGCUGAUGUCCCAGUCGAGAGACAGGAUGAUGGGACACAACGCAGAGGCUGUGGUUCGGGGAAAAAUCUAAAGUCCUCACUUCGAGCCAAGGAGCAGCUGCUAAAAGCUCAUCUACUGCACAUCACAGAGAGCAGUCAGCAAACCCAAACCCAAAUACAGGCGGUUGUCAGGGGCAGCACUGUGGAGGCCAAGCUGGAGGCGGAGUGGGCCAUCAUCACAGAGACAGCCCCUCCAUCACAGGAAGAGGACUUCUCUGAACAGGAAGUGUUAGAAAGGAUGACAUCUGUAGAGAAUACUGCAGACCUGGUGCAUUCUGCAAAUGACCAGAUGACGUUGAUAACAGAAAAACUGGAUCGGAUCCUCAGAGAGUCUGUAGACAUCUCAUGCUUCACCUUGGCUCAUCCUAGACUGGUAUCUGAUUUAAAGGAGAUGGACAACAGACUGCAGUCUGAAAUGAGGAAGAUAUUAGGACGAGGCACUGAAGAGGAAAGACAAGGGCCAGACGCCACAUCCCCUCCACCCCUCAGCCUGGCUCUCCACAACAGUGUCCAUCAUCUCGAGCAGCUCAGACAGCAGCUGGACAAGGUUCAGUCAGCUGCCCAGGCCCUGGAUCACUUCCUGGCCACUGUGAGGGAAGUCAAAGCUGGGAUGCCAAUGCUGCUGGCAAACCAGAACCCCAGUGGACAGCAGAAUGAGACAGACUGGGAGCAGGAGAGACACUCUUGGCAGGCAGUGAUGCAGCAGAAGUUGCAUACUGUUGCGGAACAAUCUGAUCGUGCUGACAGCUUUUUAAAGGCAGUGGGGAUUACUCUAACCAUGGAUGGUGCAACAGCAACAUGUCAGGAUGUGGUUACAUCAUUGUCCCAGCAAGCUGCGGAUGUGGGGAAAGAGCUGAUGAGGAUCAGGAAAAGAGAGAGAAAAGUGAAACUACUUCCAAUGGGAAAGGAGCAAAUCCAGGGCAAUGAAGACCUGAAUCCUUUGGAGGUACGUCAGAUAAAGACCGGGACUGAUUCACCACAGGAGCAGGAGCAACCCACUCCAAGCUGGAUGGAAGAGGAGCCAGGGAUGGAGGCCAAAAAGUGUAGGCUGGAAGGGGAAAAUGAUACAAAGACACAAAGAGAGGAACAGCACAAGACUCAAACAUGGAAGACUGAAGAGGAUCUCUUAGAUGUCAAGGGCCAGAUAGGAAGAAGCAGCAGCCAGUUGAAGAAAGAGGGAGAAGAGAAGGAGAGUUUGGUCCAGAGGAGGGAUGCCUUGUUAGGCAUGCUGGAGGAGAUAAAGGGAGCAGCUGAGCACCUGGGGUUACAGGAGCCAACCCUGCCUGCUCUGCAGCAGAGGACACGAUCCUUGACUGCCCUGGAAUGUCGUCUUGCUGGCCACCUGGGUGAGCUGCAGUACAUACAAGAUGCAUCUCGAUCAGGGCUCACUGAUGUGAGUCAAACCAGAGCGGUGGGGGAUGUGUGGAAGGAAGCGACAAAAGCUAUAAGUGAACGGCUGGAGAGGUGUGAUGUCCUAACGGAGCUGCUGAAGAGGUUUCAGAGUGUUCGAGGUGAGCUGAGUGUGACGCUGCAGAGGGCAGAAAGCGCCAUCAGUGAACAAGUCUCUUACAUGGGGAAAGACAACCUGCACAGACUGCACACUAAGGUUCAGGAAACAAAAGCAGAGCUGAAUGGCCUCGGUGAUGGUGUAGAGGAGGUCCGCAGUGUGUGCAGGCAGCUUCACACUCAUCUACGACAAAUCCCAGAAUGCACCGUCAUCCCAUUUGAGGAUGAAGCCGAUGCUCUCAUGGACCGCUGGCUGGAUAUAUCAGAAAGAACAGAUACCCAUAUUGAAAACCUACACCUUGGCCUCACUCUGUGGGAUGGGGUCCUCCAGCUGGGAGCUGAGGUGGAGAGCUGGACGGCCAAUAAGCUCGCAGUGUUUGCUCAGGCUCCAUCCUUUCAGACAGAGGAAGACAUCAGGACCUUGCAGAAGGAGAUUGCAGCCCAAGAGGAGAAUAUGGAGCGUUUCCACCGGAGAGCCAAUGAGAUUCAGUCGCUGCUUCAAAGCACAGAGCCCCCUUUGGAGCUGCAGGUGGUGGAGACUCAGAUGAGGAAGAAGGUAGAGCAACUGAAGGAGGUUGUUGCUGAAGCGGAGGAUGUAUACAGGCAGAUGGUAGCUGCUCAGGGACAAAUUACUGCAAAAAUGGCUGAAUGUUUUAACUCCCUGCAGAAGAUUCAGGACUCUCUCAUCUCUCUCACUGCUCCAGAUGUUGCAACGGUCCUUGUAAAACUUAAGUAUCUCCUUUUUGAGCUCCAGGGCCAGGAUGAGCAGGUGGAGAGUCUGCUGCGGGAUCUGGGUGUUAUGGCCUCCAUAGCGAGUCCAGCCAGCCUACAGAGUCUGUCUGUGGACGGCAUUCAGCUGCAAGAUAAAGUCAGAAACAUCCAUCAGCUCUUCUCUGAGGUGGAAGAAAAGACUGAGAGGAACAUCCAGGCACUCGACAGGCUGCAAAGGGAGAGCGAGCACUUGGAGCAGUGGCUGCAAACUGCUGAGGAAAAAGCAGCCAAGGAGGAGGAUCUUCGUCUCCUGCAAGAGGAAGCGCUUCAGCAGAGGGUGAGGAGAGAAGCCCUCGAUCAGCUUGUGUCAUCUUUACAAAGUAGCCCACUUCAGCAGUGUGCACUUGUGGAAGAGAGCAGCAAACUGCUGAAACGAUACGACGACUUUCAAACCAAAUUACUGCAUGACUCUGUGGGGAAGCAGAGCUAUCUGGGCAGGGACAUCCAGGGUGCAUGUUCCCGCCUCGAGGAAGGUGUGUGUAAUGAGGAACAUUUUGGCCAGUUACUGCAGGACUGCCACCGUAAAUUGACAUCCCUGCAGGAAAGACUGUCAGCCUGUCAAGCCCACACAGAAAGCUCAGCUCAACUGACCACUGAUGUACAAGCUCUGGAGGCUUUCCUGCAAGAAGUUACAGUAAGUUUACAAAUUGCAACACUCAAGAACUCUAUCACAGCCAGUUUGUCAGCAGAGGCCCAAACCAGCCUCUCUCAGCAAGUCGACAACCUCCAGAACCACCAGAGGGCGCUAGACAGUAGCAUCAGAACAAAUCUGGCACUGCUCACAGAAAACAGAAACCAGGCAGUUCAGCGAGUGAAGGAAGAGGUCUCAUGUCUGCAGACAGUGCUAAAAGACAUGGCUGGAAACCUGUUUGAGAACCGUGAGGUGUUGCCUGAUAUCAGCCAGCUGAAACAAGAGUGGCAUACGCUACAGGAUUGCGAUACCAGGCUGACAGAGUUGUCUGAAAGAGUUCACGACCUGCAGAAGACUGGAGAGUCGAGCAUCGCACAAGAAACACCUCCUGCAGCUCUCAUUUUGCCUGUUGAUGCAGUUUCUAAAGAACUUGACAGCCUCAGGUCAAUUUUUCUGCAAAAGAAGCAAGAGUGUGCUGAAAACACUGCUAACAGGGUGAAAAAGGCCAUCAGUCAGCUGCAGCUUUGGAGCCAAACGGUGCAGACUGAACCAUUAUCACCCAACCAGGCAGCUCUGGAUGAGGGUCUGUGGUGUCAACAAGAGCUUCAUGAUAUGCUCUCAGAACAAGAUUUUCUUCUAAACUGUCUGGGUACAAAAGUGUCAAAGGAGCUGCAGGGAAGUGCUUCAGAUGCUCUCAGUGAAAGCACUUCUGCACUUGAAACCUUAUUUAAAUACCAGGCUGCUCAGGGUCAUUGUGAAGAGGAAAUGGACAAAGUUGUUGAAGAAUCUGGAAAUGAAACUGAUGCUCCAUGUUUAGCUUCAUCUGAUGAAGCUCCAGCCAGGUGUCCUCCUGCCUUUCCAACCCUUUCUGCAACAGACAUCAAGGAAAACUCUGAAAGUGAUCAGAAUGAUGAUAAAAUUAAAACCAGUGGGGCUUUGGAAAGAGACAAAGAAGAUUCCCUUUUCCCUCAUCAAUUCCCAUGUCCAGAAAUACCUAAUGAUUUUACAUCAAAAACCCAACAAGAACCACAACAGUUAACAUCAGCUUCUCCAUCAAAAAUUAACUUGAAUACUUGCAUUGGUCCGAAAGAUGAAAUUGACACACCGAACACUGAUAUCAGUCCCUUAAGGAGCAAGCGCCGGUCACUUUCUGGAAGUACCACAGAGCCUUUAAUGUCAGACUCGCGUUCUACUCAGAGUUUAAUAGCUCAGCAAGAACGCACCGAAUCAUUGCAGGAAGUCACUGCACCAACCCAGAACCCAAAGCUGUCAGCUGUCAGCACAGAAAAUAACAAAGAAAUCAGUUCAGCACACUGUGCCACAUCCCUGUUUGGAUCCUCAGUGAAAAACCCGGACAACUUUCCACUUUGUACUUUUGAAAAUGCGUCUGGACUUCUAACAGCAAGAUCAGAUGCAUUUAAAGCAGUUACUGACACUCAAGAACAAGAGAAACUCUGUAGCGUAACCCCAAAAACAAUGUUUACAAUAGUGUCAGACAUGAGGCCACAGGACAUGCAGAAAAAUGACAGCGAUGGCCCAGAUACACUCAGUUCUUCACGGGAGGCAGAGCUUUGUGAUGCAAAGCUCAUGAAAGUUUCAAGUAUAAGAUCUUCUGAGAAGCCAUCUGGACUCAUGGGCCCUGACUCAGGUGAAACAGACUUGAAAAUCCAUUGUUUAAAGAGUGCAUUAAACACAUCUCAAGUCACAGACUCAUUGCCAGAAGCCCCCCUGGCGUUAGUAAAUAUCGAACUGGAGGAGGUAAAAUCCACAAGUGCCAAAUUAUUACGCAAAGAGAGUGAAUUGAUUUGCAGUGACGUGUCGAAUUCCUCCAAAUCAUAUGGCAGUGUUGCUGAGCGUCAGCUCAAUGGAGCACAUGCAGCAGAAACAACAUGUCCGCAUGCCAAACAAGAGGAGAUGACAGAUUUCUGUCACACUGAAGAGCAAACAAUGAGCUCACUCUUAUGCACUCAGGAAGGAGAUGCCUCAACUGAAACACGAAUGCCUGCUGGAGACAAUAAAAAGCUGAGGGUUGCUGACACUGCACAGAGCACAGGUACAGGAAAUCUGGUAAUGGCAGAGCGAGAAAACACAGAAGGUGCAAGUGACUCUGAACACACGAAGUCCAAACUUUUUAAGGGGCCAGAAAGACGCCGCAAAGCUACACUGCCGAAUGAGGAAAGUGAACUGCAGGUACCUGUAUCGCUGGAGGACACAAAGGUGACACAAGGACAGAUCCAAGAGAACAUGGAGCCUGUGAGGACAGCGCUGGAUCUGCAGGCCGAGAUGACCACAGGUGCAUCUCCAGAGGCUUACAAACACAAGUGCAGCAUGCAGGAUAUUUUGUCUGAGAUCCAGAGCUUGGUGGAAAGAAGUAACAUAAUAAACCGGACACCACACAUUGAUUUAAAUUGGUACCUGAAAUCCUCUCCUGGUGAAUUGGAGAUUCGAUUGGUACGAACUGUCCAAAAGGUUCUGGCAUGUCGAUACCAACCAGCACAACUUGACAUCACCGCAAUGGCCAAACAACUGCAGGAGGCAGAGGAAUACAAGUGUUGUGUGCAGGAGCAAGUGGCUUCAAUGAAAAGCAUGAGUGCCACGAGGAUUUCCAACCCAGAUGCCUUGAAAAGGGUUGAAGGACAGCUGAGUGCUGCACUGCUGGAUGCCUCUGCCACAGUGCAGGUCAAAGCUGCACAGCUGGAUCAGGUCAAACGGUAUCACAAACAGAUGAGGAUCAUCCGAGAUUUCCUGGAGUUUCUAGCUGCUGAGAAGGAAAAAAUGAGCCUAAAUACUUUGGGAAGCAGUGCUCUUCAAGCUGACAAGCUGCAUGCCCUGCUGCAAACUAUGGCACAGAAAAAAGACAUGAUGGAAGAGCUCCUCCAUUUAAGUGGCCAAUUGUCAGUCCAUUUGAGUGAUGCUGAAAGUUCAGGCGCUCUCCUUGCCCACCUUGGAGACGUCCAGGAGGAAUGGAGGCUUUUAGAGGGAAGUGUGAAAAGGGCUCUGCAGCACGCUUCAAGCUCCACCUGUCAAUUUUCUCUUCUAAUGAAAGAGGCCAAACAGCUCAAAGACAAGCUUGAAGCUGUUCAGAAAUCCAGCUUUCAAAGUCAUGACAGCAAAAGUGCCUUCGAACUUGUUUGCCUCGCCACAGACCUAAAACUGUACCACCAGCUUUAUUUGCAGUUACAGUCCCAGUCAGAUGCUCUUGUUCAUUUCUCUCUUGGUCAGAAAGAAAGGGAUGAUAUCAGACAUAGUCUUCAGGAGCUGGGGCCCUUGCUAAAUGUCACCAAGAGCAAACUUGACACUUCCACAUACAGACAUGGCAUUUCUUCUUCUAAGGCUAACAAGCAAUUGCAUGACUUGAUCAUAUGGGCCAAGCAGGCAGAAAACCACAUUACACUUGGGCAAAAGUUAGCUCUUUUCCCAGAAGAGGCUCGUAUUCAGAUUGCUAAAAUGAAGAAAUUUCAGGCUGACUUUUGGUCUCGAAGGUCAAAGAUGCAAGUAAAAGUUGAGCAGAUGAGAGAUGGAUCCUCUGAUGUGGAAAAGGAGGAAAAUGACCAAGUACUGAAGACAAUAGAAGUCCUGUACCAGCCCAUUGCUGACAGUUUCGAUCACGUUGUUGACACCAUGAAGAAAAAUCUGCAGGAGAGGGAGAAACUAUUAAGCCAGCUUGCUAGCAUGGAUGCUUGGCUAGCAGAAACGCAUGCUAAAAGAGACCCCUGUGUCCAUGUUGACAGUGUUUCAAAAGCUGACAUCAGAAAGCUGGAGAGCGAGCUGAAAAGUCACAAAUUAGCAGCAGCAGAGAUAGAGAGCCAACUGAAACUGGUGGAAACAAUGUCAGAAAGUUGCAGGGAAAUAGCCAUAGAUCUGAGUCCAGGAGAGAGCCGCUACCUUGUCAACAGACUGUCAGGCCUUUGGACAGAAUUAGAUGGAUUGCUAGCUCAUGAGAAAGCAACCAGCUGGGAAUUAGAGGAGCUGAUUUAUGAGAGAACCUCUUCAGAUAAGGAGCUGUCAACCAUCCAGACUAGUUUACAGCAAAUUUCCUCUGAUUUGGUGAAGGAAAGGUUUCCUUUGACGCAGGAAAACAUUUCAACAAUUGAACAUUUCAAGCACAUGCUAAUGGAGCAUCAGUGUGAAAUACAAGAGCUUCAGCACUGUCAGGAGACCAAGCGAAGCUCCCUGUUGAGUGCCAUUGGGGAACUGCAAGACCAGUGCAAAGCUCUUAGUGUCACUGCCUUUGAGCAAGACAAAUAUCUGCACUUGAGGAGACAAAUGGAGGAAUCUAGGGACAUUGCCAAAGAGCAAAUCCAGCGUGCCAAAGACAAAACAAUCAGUGUUGGGGAGAGAUUCAGGAUAUGUCAAACACUCCUGGUUGAACUUCCUUUGGUUAAGACACAGUGUCAAGAAGCAGCAGACCAAUUGGAGGCCAUAGCUCAGGAGCUGGACCCCUCAGAGCUUGAUUCAGAGAGGCAGAUGAUUCGUCAUACUGUGGAAACUUUAGUCUCCUGGGAGCAUUCUGUCACAGAUGACAUCAAAAAACUAGAGCCCAAGCUUCUGCUAGGUCUACGUUUUUCCUCUGAACUUCCUGCUUUAAUGGAGUUUUUCAAAAGGACAAGAGUGGAGCUAGACAGAGCCGAACCAGCCAAUCCAGAUGAAAGAGCUGUAGAUAUUGCACUGCAAAGGUAUUGGGUUAUUUGGAGAAACAUGGAGUCUGGGAUGAGGAUGUUGGAAGGUCUGGGAUGGAAAGAAAAAAUUAAUCUUAACGACUACAAGGAACUUUACUCGAUUAAGGAUGCAACCAAGCAAGAGUGCCAUUUGCAGAUGGAGAGUUUAUCCCAGGCCAGAGAAUCCUUGAAAGAUUAUGAGUGGGCUGCUCAGGGAGCGAUAUGCUUCCUUCAUAAUGCUGAAGCAACCUUCUUAUCAGCUCCUGGAGGGUUUUUGGACUGUACUGAGGAACAGAGACAGACUCAGCAGGCUCUAGAAACUCUUGAAGAUGGAUUUCAGGCACAUAUCAGCCACCUUACAGAACUGCUGCCCCAACAAUCCUGCCUGUCCCGCCCAAAGACUGAGCAGCUUCACAUCACCAUCCUCAGUCAGCUGUUGGUGGGAAGAGCCAUACUGGAAGCCCAAGCCCAGCUCAGACUGGAGUCUUUGCAGAGGUGUGAAAUAAGACAACAAAGCCACAGAGAGUGUCAUGAAGACAUACGGCAAAAUCUCUCUGGGCUGGAAAACAAGCUUUCAGAAAGUGCUGCAGAACAAGUGACCUCUUAUGACAAAUGUCUUGCUCAAGAAAAACGGGCCAAGCUUCUGAUGGAGGGUCUUCGCAGUCUUGCUGGUAGGAUAGAAGAACUGAGAGGUGGAUGUCCGAUGCAGGGCUGCGGUGUGGGAAAGGAUGGUGAGCUGGGUGGCUUCUGGAGGCGCUGGGUAUCGUUACGACGUGGCGUUGGCCUCCUGAUGGCACACACACAACAGAGGGGAGAGGAAUGGAAGGACAUCACUGCAAGUAUGGAGCAGUGUUGCAGCUAUUUGGCCAGCCUUCAGGCUGAUGUUCCUGACUCUUCUGCCGUGAGUUUUACAUUGGAGGAACCCCAGGAGCUUCUGGCUCAGGCUGAGAUGCACCAGGUUGGGCUGGAGCAGGAACAGCAAGCCUUAGCCUCCCUGGAGCAUCGACUGGAGCACGCCUUGAGCUUAUCUAGUUCUCAGGAUCCUGUCAGCCCUGGACCUUUUGGCAAAACACUAGUGAAGAUCCAAGAGAAUGUCAGAAGCUUGAAAGAGAGGAAUCUCCAGGUGGUAGCUGCAGCCCGGGCAGAGGAGAAAGAGAGACAGCAUGUCCAAGAGGAGAUAGAAGAGGUGGAGCAGCACAUUUUCAACAUUCUUCCUUCGCUGGAGGCCUGUCCAAAUCUAUGCAAACAACAGGAGCUUAAAAAGGAUUUGUCCUGCCAGAAGGCCAAGCUAAAGCAUAUCAUGGAUGGUGUGCAGAGCCGGUAUGCUGAGAUACCAGCUGAGAUCAGCAGAAGGUUACAAGAGGUUCAGCUGUCUCUGCAAAGGGAAGAGGUUAAGCUCAUGGAGAAGAGCAACCCAAUUCGGAAGCUGGAUAGUAAAGUGGUGGAGUUGGCAUCUGGACUGGAGAAAGUCAGAGCUUUGCUGGAGAAAAGGAGCCCCACAGUCAGUGAAGUGCAAAGUCUACUCAAGCAUGUGUGGGAUGAGCUGGACACUUGGCACACACGCUUGAUGCUCCUGGAGAAUGAGGUGCAGGAUGCCGCGGAGGAUCAUCCAGAUCAAGCCCACCUGCUCAUGGACGGACUCACCCAACCACUGCAGCUCUACCAAAACGUAGCGCAGAUGGCUGAGCAACGCACCGCCUUCCUCAGCAAGAUCCCCUCCUGUCUUCAGGAGUUUGAAGGCAUCAUGUACAGCACAACCUGCUGGUUGGAUGAGGCCCAGUCGUGGCUCAGUGCUCCCUGCAGCUUCACAACAGCCAGAAGCCUCCAGAAUCACGCAAAGUCCCUGCAGCUGGUGCUGGACGACUCUGAGAGGAUCAUACACACCCUUCAGGACUUCAGGCCAGUCCUGGAUGAGAUUUCUGCUGUGUGUGACAUGAGCACCCAGGAGGAGAGACUGGAACAGAAUGACCAGCAUGUCCACAAAAUGCAAUGCAAGAUCCUUGAGCCGCUGGAGCAGCUGCUCCGGGGGGUUGAGGUUGUGGAGGCAAUGGAAGCAGAACUGAAGACAAUAGAGAAAAAUGUCCCAAAGAUCAGAGUGAUUUUAUCCUCCAUGGACAACUCAAACACAACUCUGACAGAGCACCAUCACAACCGACAGGUGAUUCUGGCGAACGUGCAGUCGAUGCGUAGGACACUGGAGGAGACGGCGAGAUGCAAAGGAGAACUUCACCUCCCUCAGGGAUCGGAGGAGGGCCUGCUGGUCUUCUCCAGAGCCAGACUGCUGCUGCAGCAACUUGAGGAGCUGGAACAACUCACACAGCAACAAGCCACACAGCUGGAGAAGAAGAUGAGUGAUGAUUCUGGCAUCAUACAGGAAAUGCAGCAGCUAGACAGAUCUCCACAAAGACACUUUGUCCAGCAGGAGGCUUUUGAGGUGUCUAAUUCAGAGGAAGAGGAGGAUGAGGAGAACGAGAGUUGUCACUCGUCAUCCUCUGACACACUAACAUGCAGUAUUCCAGAGGAUCCAGAGGAGACGGUCAGCUCUUCAGAGGCACAAAGUGAGGAUGCAGCUGAAAUUAAGCUUCAAGUUAAGGAGCUGGAGAGCAGACAGUUUUCCUCUGAAGUGGAGACAACCUCAAGCAAUGUCGAAAAUGGACUUUUACCUGUGAACUAUAGGCUUGAUACGAAAGAGUCUGGAUCAGGUAAUGAUCAAACUGGAUUAAAAACAAAGGAAUCCGACGCUGAAGCAUUUAGUCCUGAAAAUGUGACAACUGAGUCACUCAUCACUGCACCUGAAGACAAGUUGGACCAACAUAGAUCAUCAGCGCGUGAAGCCCUCAUCCCUGACCCUCAUACAGAGUCCUGUCAGGCAGCAGAAGAACCAAGAGAGAUUCCUGCAAGACCCGUUACUCAGUUCACUGCCUCAAGAUCAUCAGAGGGGUCUAUAAAGGAGGAAGAUGAAGAGAUGUCUUCAGCUUCCUGUCAAGAACUGGUUACUGCUAAUGUGUUGAAGGAGCAAAAUCAAGUCAGCACCAAUCAGAGUAAUGUGGUGGAAGAAUCCCAACAAGCCCAGAGCUCCUCUGAGGUGCCGGAAAGUUUGACUGGACAUGAAGCAGAUGAGGAGGAGCAGCUGAAGUGGAGCCGACUUCAUAACCAGAUCUCCCAAAAAUUGAUAACCCUGAAAAAAGUCAAAGAAGAGCAUCAAACCCUGAUCAGCUCAGAGGAUGGAAGGACACAAGAAAAGGUUCCAGCAAGGGCCCUGAUACCAACCGGGUCUGCAUCUGCUGUUCUCCAGCGAACACAUGAGUCCAUCAUCGCGCUGAGACAAAUAGUGAGCUCUGCAGAUGGUUCGCGUCCAGGUGUGAAUGAGCAGCUGUACAAGGCUGUGCGGAGGGUCCUCCUCUGCCUGGACGCUUUAACGGACCUCCUGUUGACUCCUCGUGGUGAAGAUGACGACCAGCUGAGGCUGCUACAGCAGGAGUGUGUAUCGACUGAGAUGCUGACUCUGGCUGAGCUGUUGAGCAGAGUGCAGUCAGAGACCAGACCUGCACCUGCACCUGAACCAGAAGCUCUCAGCUCGUUGACUUCCCUUCAGGACUGUCUUCACACGGUCCAGCAGGUUUUCACCUCAUCCCACAGUCAGCUCACUGAACAUCUGGGCAGCACGCACGAACAUCAGGUGCUCUCCUCCAGCCAGCUGUGUAUUUUGGACGAGUUUGAAAUGGGACAAAGUGAGAUGUUCCCCAGUUUAAAGGAGGCUCCCAGUUUGGAGCAGUGUGUGCUGGGCAGACAUCUGAAGGAGAGUCCGGGGAAAAAAGCCGAGCUACAGCAAGCUUCCCGGUCUUUGCUUCAGGGGAUAACUCGCCUCCUGGAACUGGGUGAAGAACGCAUAACAGAAGGGCAGAUGAGCCCGGUUCACAGCUGCAGCCAACUUCAAGCUGCUCUCUGCAGACGUAAGAAGCUCCUGCAGGUGCUCAGGUCUCAGUUGGCAUUUGUGCAAGAUCUGUUCCAACGUGAGCCAGAAGUACCCGAGUGUCAAGAGGAUGAGCGGGUACAGCUGGAAGUCAGAGCCAAAGCUUUGCUGCAACAGGCGCUGGAACAGGAAGUGGCUUCUCAAAGGAGGAUUCAGGACUGGACCCGGUGGGAGGAUAAUUGUGGUCGACUUGGCAGGCUCCUGGAUGACGCUGAAGCCUUCCUCAGCAGUAGGGAGUCAGAGGAAGAUGAUGAGAAAUUAGCACAGCACAGACUAGAUGCCUGCCAGCAAACAUUAGUCCAGCUGGAUGAGGGCAGAGCUGCUUUAGGACUGAUUCUGGAUCAGGGGAAGGUGCUGCAGACCGAACCAGAGUUUGCUACCACAGUCAGUCAUGCAGGAGGCGCUCUGGAGCUGCGGUGGCGGAGCAUCUACAGGCGGACACAGCAGGAGAGUCAGCGCUGCAGAGACAUCCAGGACCGUCGGGUCAGAUUCCAGACUGACUUUGUCUCGGUCAGCGAAUGGCUGACUGGUGCCAGCAAACACCUUGAGACUUGGUCAAACCUGUCCAUUAUCUCUGACCUGAACCAAGAGUGUAUUCACAAGCAUCUGAUCAAGCUGCUGGACUUCUCCAUGGAGGCUGAAGCCAUGUCAGUGAAGAGGGCGUCAGCAUGCAGGGAAGCCGCUCAGCUGCUUCACCUGAGGGAAGCUGACUGUGCGGAGCUCAGAGCUCAGCUGGUCCAGCUGGAGGUCAGCUGGAGCCAGGUGACCUCUGACCUGUCCAAGACACAAGACCGGCUGCUGCAGCAGCUGCUGGCAGCAUGGCCACCGGCGACGCUGCUGUCUGACCUGGAGGACUGGCUGAAGAAGCAGGAGACUCGCCUGAGCCAAGAGAAAGAAAGAGUCCUCAAGGCCAAAGAUGCUGCUCAAAUCACUGAAAUCCUGCAGCACUACCAGGAGUUAAAGGCAGGCCUGGUAAACGGGCAUCUCCUCCUCGAUUUCCUGUGCCAGUCUGUCCCUCGGGUGGUGGAGGUGGACAUCCAGGCUCUCCGUUACGAUCGUAUUCUGUUUGCAGAAAAACUUGGUGCCCUGAAACUGCAGUGGCUGCACCUUCAGGGAGAGCUGGAGAGCCAGAUUCGUGAAGCUGAACAGAUGCAUCACACUUGUGCAGACAGAGAGAGGCGGUUACAGCGACUUUGUGGCUGGAUAGAACAGCAGAAAAAGCAGCUGAAACAGAAGAAACAGCCCACAAGUCAGGCUCUGGCUCAUAAGACUCUGCUGGAGUUGGAGGUACAGGAGUGGGACGCUGAUGUGGGCAGAGUGAGGGAGGUGGCUGCAGCUCUGCAGGAGCUGAAAGCCACAAGAGUGCAUGUGGAAAAGGCAGAGAAUCACCCCAGUGAUACCGCUUUCUCUGCCCAGGCAGAGAGUGUUUGUCAUGCUUGUGGGGAUCUUAGUCAGCAGAUGGCAGCUCUGAGAGCAGCUCUACAGCAGACUGUGGAGGAGUGGGGAUGUUUCGAGAGAGCUCUGAGUGAGGUUUCUCUGCACACCACUAGGGUGCGCUGUUCUCUGCAGCAUCAGCCUCUGCUCUCUCUAAAGCAGGCAGACGGGUACAUGGACCUCCUUCAGCUACUCCAGGAGCAGGUCGGGAAAGGGGAAGAGCUAUGGGCGUCUGUGGACAAAUCCUAUCAGAGUCUCGUGAAGACUCUUCAUCGUGGAACAGCUCAGGCUCUGGAUGAUCAGCUGGAAGAAGAGCGAAAACGGCGGAAGGACGUGUUGCAGGAGCUAAAUGACGAGCACAUGAAGACUAGAGAGACACUUUCCCUCUGGCAGCAGUACACUCACCUGUCUGACCGGUGUUCCCUUCACCUGGAAAAACUGUGGCAUCAGUGGGAGGAGGUGACGAGAUCCUCACCUCAACAGGACACACAGCUGGUGCAGCAGUUGCAGGAUGCUGCUGAAGAUUUGCAAAGCAGCGUGGGAGACGUUCUUGAAGCUUCCAAGCCUCUUAUUGGACGUCUAGAACCCAUGGCUGCAAAUUUGAUCCAAUCAGAGACCAGAUUGCUGUCACGCGACACCCUGGUGGUGAGCCAGUUGAUGUCAGGAAAAAAUAAAAGUCUUCAGGAAGAUUUGGAGGAAGAAAAUUUAUUUCAUGCUCAACUGAAGGCCCUUGAAAUGCAGACACAGGACAUUCAGAGGCAACUUAAGGCUGGCUUAAAUGACACAGACUCUCUGAAGGAUCUGUCGGGGCUCAACAGCCUGUUUGCGUCACUGGUUGACGUCAUGGAGAUGAGUGGCAAUGUGACCCUUAACAACCACGAGAGCGAGAGAGUGCGCAUGCUCCGCAGGCAGUGGGUUGAAAUCAUGACUCACAUAUCUGAUAUGAACAGGGAGCUUCAGGCUGAGCAUCUGUGCUCUCAGAGCUUUCAGGAGAAAUGUGAGAACUUGAUGUCUCUCCAGAAGACGCUUGAGGAGUCGACAUCUAAUAAACCUCCCAGUUACUCCGGGCUCCGAGAGAUGUUGACAGUUCAUCAAAGGCUUGAGACUAAAAUAAUUACUGGACACCAGCUUCUGCAGAGUCUUCUCUGUCAGACAGUCGAGUCUGUGGAAAAAGAAAACGAAGAGAAAAGCAGAUUUGAGCUGGUGACACAAGCGACCCGCAUGAGGGAGAGGUGGUUCAGCUCUGUGGCUCUGGUUCGCCAACACAGGCGCUGGAUUAAAGAGGAGCUGGGCCAGUGGAGAGUCUACCGUCGUGGCUUGAAGCUUUUGUGGAAGCUGCUGAGGGACGUUGACCCACUGCUGCCCCCUGCUGGACCCGCUCUGUGUGCACUGCGUCAGCUGCGGAACUGCACAGAUGACCACCAGUGUGUCGAAGAUGCUCUGGGUGUCCACUCCACCGUAUAUGUCCAGACACUGAAGGCUGGCAGACAUUUAUGUGAAACCAUGACGGAGUCGGAGUGUCAGAGCCGACUGCAGUCAGAGCUUCUGGCUGUGCAGGAGUCCUGGGAGCGAACCUGCUCACUGCUGGAGAGGAGACGAGGCCUGGUCAGCACCACUGUUCAGAAAUGGUCUCAGUGUCAGGACAGGAUCACCAGCAUCAUGUCAGAGCUGAGGGAGCUGAAAACAAAGCUAAAACAGCUGCCACCUGAAAGAACGCGGGACCCCGAAGACGAGAAACUCGUUCAGGAGACGGAGCUCUCUCUGCAGCAUUUGGCCAGUGGAUUGAGGGGCUUGGCCACUAUGAAGACGGACCUGUCCCAGUAUGUCACGGCCGGUGACUCGGCUCUGCUGGAGCAGCAGCUGGAACAACUCCAUGGUCAAUGGGAAGAGCUUUGUAUGAAGGUAUCCUUGCGCAGGCAGGAGAUCGCAGACCGCCUCAAUGCCUGGACCAUCUUCAACGACAAGAACAAGCAGUUCUGUGAUUGGCUGACUCAGAUGGAGAACAAAGUGUGCCACAGCGGUGAUCUGAGCAUAGAGGAAAUGGUGGAAAAACUGAAGAAGGAUUGUAUGGAGGAAAUCAAUUUGUUUAGUGAGAAUAAGAGCCACCUGAAGCAGCUGGGGGAGCAGCUGCUGCUGGCCAGUGACGAGGCCAAGCAGACGCAGGUCCACGGCUCUCUGCUGGAGGUCAACCAGCGCUGGCACAACCUCUUUCACCACAUCGAAGCCAGGGUGAAGAAGCUGAAGGAGACUCUGGUGACGGUGCAGCAGCUGGAUAAGAACAUGAGUAACCUGCGCUCAUGGCUUUCUCGCAUCGAGGCCGAGCUGUCCAGGCCCAUCACCUACAGCGUCUGUCACCACCAGGAGAUCCAGAGGAGGCUGGCUGAGCAGCAGGAGCUGCAGAGGGACAUCGAGCAGCACACGGAGGGCGUAGCGUCAGUACUCAGUCUGUGCGACGUUUUGCUGCGGGACGAGGAUGCUGCUGGCGGCACUGAAGCCGAGAGCGACUCCCUGCAGGAGACCAGCCGCAGCUUGGACCAGCGCUGGAGGACCAUCUGUGCCUUGGCUCUGGACAGGAGGCUCAGGAUCGAGGAGACGUGGAGGCUCUGGUGCAAGUUCCUCGAUGACUACUCCCGCUUUGAGGAUUGGCUGAAGAUGGCCGAGCGCACCGCUGCCAACCCCAACUCUGCAGACGUCCUUUAUACUGUCGCCAAGGAGGAGCUCAAGAAGUUCGAGGGUUUCCACAGGCAGGUUCUUGAGCGGCUGACUCAGCUGGAGCUGGUCAAUAAUCAGUACCGCCGCCUGGCCAGAGAGAACCGGACUGACCGAGCCAGCCAGCUCAAAGCCAUGGUGCACGAAGGCAACCGGCGCUGGGACACACUGCACCGCAGAGUGGCCGCAAUCCUCCGCCGACUCAAGUACUUCACCAGCCAGAGGGAGGAGUUUGACAGCACCAGGGAGAGCAUGCUGGUGUGGCUGACCGAGCUCGACCUGCAGCUCACCAACGUCGAACACUUUUCAGAGAGCGACGUCCAUCACAAGAUACAACAGCUCAACAGUUUCCAGAAGGAGAUCACCCUGAACACAGAGCGUAUUGACGGCCUGAUUGUGUUUGGAGAGGGUCUGAUCCAGAAGAGUUCACCACAGGAUGCAGCACAGAUAGAGAACGACCUAGAGGAGCUGCAUUCCUACUGCCAGGAGGUUUUCGGCAGACUGGUCCGUUUCCACCAGCGCCUCAGCCAGCCCCCGGUGGUCAAAGAGGAACCGGAGCUCUCUGAUACUGCCUUUUCCUUGGAGUCAAGCUUGGAGCUGAUUGGCCGGCGGUGGCUGGGGCGGAGCCACGGCAGCCUCCCGGCCACACCCACCCACCUGCUGGCCUCUCCACUGGAGCGUUCGGGGCGGGAGACACCUGUCAGCGUGGACUCUCUGCCACUGGAGUGGGACCACACCGGAGACGUAGGAGGAUCAUCGUCACAUGAGGACGAUGAUGAGGAGGAGGAGCGGGAGGAAGAAGAUGAGGAGGAGAGAACUUACUUCAGUGCACUGUCAGUUUCAAGCAGGUCUGUGGCAGCACACGAGUCUCCAAGAUGGCGAUCGCAGGCAGGCGCAGAAACACAAUCCCCCCAACUGGACUCGGAAGGUCACGCAGAGGCUCCGCCCACCCUCACCAGCACGCCUCUAAAGCACAGCUACUUGCGUCUCAUGUCCGAGUGCAGCGGCAGCAUCGAGGACAUUAAACGAGUCUCGCUGAUCCUGGAUGAUGAAGAGCAACCGGAGGAGCUCGGCCUGAUGGGACUGACAGCCGCAGACAAACAGACAGGUGUCAUUGAACGCUGGGAGCUGCUCCGGGCUCAGUCCAGCAGCGACCAGCACGCCGGCCCUCAGGAGCCACAGCAGCUCACGUCCGACCUUGACAACAUCACUUCCUGGUUAGAAAAUGUGAUCCCGGCCCUAGAGUGCCUCCAGCAGCCCGACCCGGCAGCCAGUAUCGAGGACAUGGCAGCCAGAGCCAAAGAACUGAAGGACAUGCAGAAGAUGUUUACACGCUACAAGUCCGUCAUGCUCGCUGUCAACCUGCGAGCUCAGGAAGCUCCAGAACUGCAGGAGAGGCUGGCAGGUAUGAACCGAGACUGGAGUCGAGUGUGCACGGGCCUCCAGCAGCAUGACGUGAGUCUGAGGAAGACGCUGAUGCGCUGCCAGGAGUUUCAUGAAACCCUCCAUUCUCUGCUGCUGUGGCUGGCCCACGCAGAGAGCAGGCGCUACGCAGUGGACAUCAGUGACCCAGACACACCUGUCAGAGCCCUGCAACAGCACCGCAAAACGCUCACAGAUCUGCAGGAGGAGCUGCAGGCCAGGCAGACCCAGCAGGCCUCCCUCCAGGCUCUGUGGUCUCAGCUCCAGCCUGCGGAGGAGGAGGCCGGGGAGAGCGACGAGGCCCGGGAGAAGCUCCACGUGACCGGCAGCAAACUGAAACUGCUGCUGAGGCAGGUGGGCCACGACCUCGGCAGUCUGCAGCAGCGCCUGGAUUGUGAAUCUGGAUCAGAGGUCGAACACCAAAGCGCGUCUGCAGAUGCGUCGCAGGAGGCCACAAAUUCAAAGAAAGGUUCCUCUACACGAAGAGAGAGGGAGUCAUCGCCGCCGCGGUCGCUCUUCUACCGGGUCCUUCGCGCCGCCUUCCCUCUGCACCUCCUCCUCCUGUUCCUCCUGCUCCUGCCCUGCCUGAUUCCCCUCUCAGAGAGCGACCCCGGCUGCACCGGGGCCAACAACUUCGCCCGCUCCUUCUACCCCAUGUUACGCUACACCAACGGGCCGCCGCCCACCUGAGAGAAAUGUACGUUGUUGUUUUUUAUAUAUAGAAAAAAGGCAUUUGGGGGUUUUUUUGUUGAAGGAACAAACUGUCUAAAAUUUAAAAUUGAUAAGUUAAACUGAUGAAUGAAAUUGAUUUCUAAAUCUAAAUCUUCUAAAAAAAAAAAAGCUUAAAACUGCAGGAAGUGUAUUUAAGUGUCUAUUUUACAUAUUUUAGAACAGCUUGUAUUUAUUCCACGAACUAAACCACCCAUUGGACUGCAUUUCAAUCAGGAAAAACCCCACAUGUAAAUGGAAAGAAAAAAAAAGCUAAAUAUUUUUAGUUCAAUAAUGCAAACAUCUUGAAACCGUCCAAGUAAGCAGUCACAGCAGUCCGUCUGCUUAACGAGUCAUACAGUAGACUUUAAAUAACCUUCUGCCACUUUUUAGAACCGAGAGGUGAAAACCAAAUGAGGUGAGGAAGUCAGUUUAAUACGAUGGCCUUAACACACCAUCUGAACACAGUAUCAUAGAGGUUUUAUUAAGAAAUGUCUUCCUUUGUCAUUUGCAUGUUUAUAUUCAGAUAUCACUCGUGCCACAGACCUAACUGUACACUGUAUGUUAUUUUGUGUGCGCUGCCGACAUUUCAUUUUGUGUAACAAAUGCAAACAAAAAUAAUGUCUGAUCUGUUUUUAGACUGAACUCUUAAAAAAAACUUUAUUUUUUACAGCAGAAGACACUGGUUAAAUUUGAAUGUAAUCUUUGUAAGGCCCAGAGUUUUAUACGCGUAUUUUUUUGGACGCUUGCCGUUUGUCUUGAGUCGAUUGUGAGCAGACGUUUCCAUGCCUCCCAGCGAACAGCGGAAACACUGCGGGUUUAGCAGGAUGACGUGUUUGUACAGAAUCUAAUAAUACAAUGCUUAUUUAUAACAACAAGCAGUGGAUUUAUGCUGUGUAUUUUAUGGUAGUAAACACUGAUUGUUUUAAUUC